UCGCUAAACAAACAACUGACCCGGCGACCCGGGCCAGGCGCCUACCGCUACCGUGACGUGUUUCUGUGGGACUCGUACUUAACGAUGGAAACCAGACAACAAGAGUCUUGGGACUGGGGCAGCGUGGGCCCCGGAGAGGAAUGGGUUAACUCCGCCACGCACCGGGCACAGCAGGGGUUGACAAAGCGCAUGACUGCCCCCUCUGGCGAAGAGGUGACUAGCGGGUGCUCGGAUUACGAUCAGAUGUUUCCAAACGGAGAUAGCUACGGAGCGGAGCAUGGCGAAACAUCGCCACGUCACUGGGGCGGGGCGUCUGUGUGUCACUCGGAUGACUGGGUCUUAUGGACAGACAGAGGACGUCUCUCAGGUUUCCUCGACUCGGAUCCUCUCAGAGAAGCGGAUGAGCAUGCGGCGGAGUCAGACGUCAACCUGACAGAAGAAGAGAGAGAUGAGAUACAACGAGAGCUGGCCAAACUGGAGGACGAGAUCAGCACCCUGAGACAAGUGUUGGCGUCCAAGGAGAAGCAACACGCUGAACUCAAACACAAACUGGGCAUCACUCCUCUGAGCGAGAUACGCAACAACUUCACCAGAGGCUGGCAAGACGUGCAGAGCUCCACCGCCUACAAGAGGACGUCGGAGACGCUGAGCUCAGCGGGACAGAAGACCUCGGCGGCCUUCAGCACCCUGGGCAGCGCCAUCAACAGAAAGAUUGGAGACAUGAGGUCUGGCUCCAUCGGCUACUCAAUCUCACACUCUGUCAGCAUGCCCGCCAUGAGAAACUCGCCCAGCUUCAAGUCUUUUGAGGAGAAAGUUGAGAGUACAGUGAGCACUAUCAAGACCAAAGUUGGAGGAUCCGGGACAGGGGGGAGCUUUGAGGACGUCCUCUCCUCAGCAGCCAAGGCCAGCUCCGGGGACACGCCCACUAGCACCUUGAUGGACACGCCCACUAGCAACUUGAUGGACACGCCCGAGAGGCCGCAGUAGACUAAACCAACUCCAAACAAUAUUCAUUCACCAUUCCAUAUACACUUGUCCCUCACUUGAACGUGGUUUUUUAAAUGAUGGCUGUCUCGUGGUUGACUCUGGCCUAUUAUUAGUCAAAUAUACAUAUACUGUACAUUGAAAGAUAAUUCAUGUGUAAUAUUCCGGUCUGUAGGAGUCAUUAAUCAAGGUUGAAGGAUAACUAAUUAUCUCGUUAGCAUGCAACUUCUUAAAGCCGCGGCAAUCUGUUGUGUCCCUGCAGGGAUUCCGUAGCCGGCGCAUUAGCAAUGUUUUGUAAACAAAGACUAACAGAGGAGUUUAAAGGUCACUGUACGCGUGUUAUUUGCUGUAUGAAGGAUAAUAAUGGAUAAUGACGGUAAAAAGUAUCACAAACAGAUUUUAUAUGCUCUAUUUACGAAUAUAUUCAAUUAGUAUUGAAUCGCGGUUGGGUUUGGCGUUAGUCUGAACCAAGUGAAUUCUCUCCUGACACCUAGUGGCCACUAAGCCAUAUUACAUUGAAUUCCGACUUUUCAGUAACAAUACAAACUAUGUAUGCAACGCGGGAUUUACAGAUAUAUUGUGUGUUUUUUGAAUAUAUACAGCUUUAUUUGAAGUAGUACUUAAAGCAAUGUAAACUAUAACAUGUGUAAAUAACCCAAUAUGUCAUAUGAAACAUAUUCUAAUAUGUAACCUAUAAUGUGUAAAUAACCCAAUAUGAUGUUAUAUGAAAAUACUCCAAUACUAACACAUUGCUGCUGCUGUAUGACAUUUGAAUGCUGGAUCGUGUUUUCAAGCCAAGCGGACAAGCUGUACCUGCACAAUGAAUUUAGAGAAAUCCAAAUAAGCACUCUGAAUAAUUCAAUGGUGCUAAAGAGGGGGGAAAAAGCUCCCUGGUUUUAUUUAUUUCUAAGAAUCCAAGCUCUUUUAAGGUAACAAAAAACCCAACAUGUGCUAUUAGAAGCAACUUUUUAAAGUUUGUCACACCUUUCAUAUUGUUUGUUGUGGUUUGAGAUUUAUUGACAUGUCAACAUUUGAAGGCCUCUCACAUGUUGAGCUGAAAUAAAAAUGAAACUCA